UUUCCUCGACACGUUUGGCAGCUGGAGGUGAAAUCAUAAAUUAAUAUUAGAUUUAGCGUGCGGCAUUGUAAUGUACAGGUUUGGGACAUAAGUUUAAAUAUUAGUUUCUGCAAGUGGAACGAAGAUUUGUGUCAAUGCUGUGUCAGAAGAUGACCGUGCACGUGAGACCUGGCUCACUGCGGACAUUACAUCAAAUCACCUACCUGUCAUCCAGACCUCCCAUUCGAAGCAUCUCCCACGCUCCCUUUGCCUGUGACCACCACACAACACACCGCAGCCACGUCCCUCUUCGGGUGGCCACAUUACCAUGCCUCCGUCCUAGUCUGCCUCUCAAAUCAAAUGUAUGCUUUCAGCCCUGUAGACCAGCAUCUACAACCAGCGGUACAGGCUGGUAUGAGAGCCUAGCAGACUCUACUCCUGUCCAUCUGACUGAGCAGCUACUGAUAUCUGUCCAUCAGACCACGGGUCUACCAUGGUGGGCCAGUAUCGUGUGCACCACUGUGGCCCUGAGGACAGUUGUCACACUGCCACUGGGAGCUUAUCAGGCGGUCAUCAUAGCAAAGGUUGAAGCCCUGCAAGUGGAGAUAGCGGAGCUUGCUAAGAGGCUGCGCUACGAGAUCUCGGUGCGGGCCAAAGAGAAGGGCUGGACGGAAAAACACUGCCGAUACCAAUUCAAGAAGAACCUGAAGAGGAUAGUGUCUGAGCUGUACGUGAGGGAUAACUGCCACCCCUUCAAGGCAAGCCUGCUGAUAUGGGUGCAGCUGCCCAUGUGGGUAUGCCUCUCCCUGGCCCUGCGCAACCUGAGCCUGGGGGUGUCUGAUGCUGCCACCGCGUUGCAGACAGAGCUGGCAGUAGGGGGCACUCUAUGGUUCUCCGACCUGACAUUGCCUGACUCUACCUGGAUCAUGCCUGUCUCUCUGGGCCUCAUCAACCUGCUCAUCACAGAGGUAUUUGCUCUGCGGAGGAUAGAAGCAUCCAAGUUCCAGAAGUAUGUGACCAACUUUAUCAGAGGGAUCUCUCUGUUGAUGAUCCCCAUAGCUGCCACCGUGCCCUCCUCCAUGGCUCUGUACUGGCUAAGCUCCAGUUGUGUGGGACUGGGCCACAACCUGCUCCUGCGCUCACCUCGCUUCCGAAGGCUGUGCUGCAUCCCCCCCACGCGCUCUGACUCGGACACGCCUUACAGGGACAUCGCUUCCUCCUUCGUCUCCAAAUACAUCAAGUGAAAUAGGUUUUCUAGCUAAUAGUAGAGAAAGAGACUGUCGCCCUCAUUCAGUCAAUCUUCACGGUGAGUUGAAGAAUCACGUGUGUUAGCACUGGGUUGGAACAAACACCUGCACUGUACACCCUGUAUCUCUCCAGGACCAGGGUUGGUGACCACUGAACUAAGAUCUAGAGUGCACCACGUUGGGGUGAUGGUCCAUCAGAGAGAAUCAGACCUUGUGGACAUGGAGUAUCCAACACGUCCAUAUCUGACAAACCAAGUCAGUAUCAAAAUAUCUAUGUGACUGGUAUAUACUGUAGCAUGUACAGUACCAGUCAAAGGUUUGGACACACCUACUCAUUCCAGGGUUUUUCUUUAUUUUUACUAUUUUCCA